AUGGAGCCCGGCGGCGGGCGCAAGGAGAAGCCCAAGGGCAAGGAGCCGCCGGCGCGCCUGGAGAAGGCCAAGCAGAAGUCUGCGCAGCAGGAGCUGAAGCAGCGGCAGAGGGCCGAGAUCUACGCUCUCAACCGGGUCAUGACGGAGCUGGAGCAGCAGCAGUUCGACUCCUUCUGCAAGCAGAUGCAGGAGUCUGGGGAGUGACACUCUUGCCGCGCGCUCCGCGUCCCGCCGGCUUUCCCUCUGUCCCUGCUGCUCCCUAGCCUGGCGCCGGCUUCUUUUCUAACGCGUUCUCUAUUUAUUACCUUGCU